GCAAAAUAUAAAGCCGUCGACAUGUGAGUUUGAUUCGGUCGUGAAACCAAAUUUAAAUUUUGUUUUAGUCCAAAGUAGAAAAUACCAAUGUAUCAGUAAAGUAAUUUUUGAUGAUGGAUUUCGUUGGUAAAGAAGAUUUCAACGAUCGGACUAAAGUAAAACGGCAUCGAAAACCGAUUAAUAGAAGGACAAAACGCACGAUAACUUUUGAUGAAAAAUCUAGAUGUGACUUUUUGACUGGAUUCCAUAAAAGAAAACUAGCAAGACAGAAAAAAGCCAAAGAUGACUUUGAAAAAAAACUAAAGGAAGAAAAAAAACGCAUUAAAACAGAGGCAAGGGAAGCAUUUAAAAAACUGACUAAUGCUCAUCCGAUUGUCCCAGAACCUUUGGAUUAUGUUACUGAAGAAUACAACUUAGAUAAUCAUACUGUACAAAUAUGUGAAUUAUCAACUGAUGAAAUUGCAAAAAGCAAUAAUUGGAUUGGUUCAAAUCAGGUUGUGUAUGAUGACGAUUCAGACGAUGAUGAUAAAGAAUCUGAAAAAGGAGACAAUGAAGACGAAAAUGGUGUGCCCGGUAUGAAUUUUGGUUCAAUUAAAGAAAUAAAAAAAGCUAUUAAAAAACAAGCAGCCGAGACUGUUCAAAACAGCAAAAUAUUUAAAAUGAAAAACAAGAUUGAGCGAAUUAAAGAUAGGAAAAAAGCCAAAAGAAAGAAAUUGUUAGAAUCUAAACGACAAAAAUGGUUGAAGAAAACUGGAAGAAAAAAAUAAAUUUAUAAUUUAGACUGUGUAUAAUACACUUAUGACUUAUAUUAAAAGUUAUUAUUGUUUAUAAUUUAUCUGUUAAGUACUAUAAAAUGUGUUAAGGCAGUUUUGCCGUUUAAAAUACAAAUUUUUUAACAACACACAAACUAAUUAUUUUACGUAAAUAAUAUUAUAAGAAGUAUUAGUCCUGA